CUUUAGCAGCAGCUGAAAUGUUUUCUGCCCUAUUACAAUCUGUUUGACUUUUUGGUAGCUGAGUAGGAGUGCCUCAUUGUCUGAAAAGUGUGCUACUUCCUCAUGUUUCAUGACAUGGUUUGUUCUGACCCUAUUCUUCCUGCUCAUCCAAAUCUUCAAGGAAGUUUUGCAACCAGGCCACUCCCUCUCUGUAACACUAUUAGUUUCUCGUACAGACUAAAAGUAGCCAGACAGACUACGGGAACAAUACUGCACCUUAACAGAUUUCACUCUUUUCUUUGGAAUAAAGCUUCAACAUGCUGCUGCUGAUCCUGUUUGCUGGAUGUUUGGCCACAUCUGUAGCACAGACCACAACAGUUCCCAGCGCUUUAGUAGUAGCCUCAUCUGCAGCUUAUGUGCCAGAAUAUGUGGCAAUCCUUCAGGCAUAUGUUCAGUAUGCUGGCCAAUUUGAUCUAAAUGAGACGACAGCUCAGCCGAUCUUGGACAAGCUCAGCCAAGGCAUCAGGGAGCAGCUACCACAUUCCAGUAUAAGUCUGAAAAUUAGAAACAUCACCAGAGUCUGAGACCUCACAAGCUUGUCUUUGCUCGUUUGAUUCGUGUGGAUAUUAGCUCGACUCGGUCAUCUGAGUGGGAUAUAUAAAGUUCACUUCAGCAGAUAUUUAUAGUCAUUUUCAGGUGAUGGUUUCAUAUUAGUCUUUAACAGAGGAAUUGAAUUGAUGUGUUUCUAAUACUUGAAUAAGGCAAUGUCUACAACAUGAAAGAUAAACAGUGAAUAUCGAAACAAAAAUGACCAAAGAAUCCAAUUCUUUUAAACCUGUUGUAUGUCACAAACAGGCCACUCCCUCUGUGCAAUGAAUUGCUUGUAAAGAAUGAAAGUAGCUAUAAGCUUUUGUGUGUGACAAAUGUCCAAAAACCUGAAGAUGGGGGGGGAUUCAGCUGUUUUAGAGAUGAAUCAAAGUGCUUGAAAUUGAAAUCUGUAGCUUUGUGAUCAAACUGAGUUACUAAGUAUCCAAAACAGAGGAAACAGGAUUUUGUCGUAACCAGAUAACUUUUGGGUUAACUCUGAGUUUUUUGUACUACGAUGAUGAUUUACAUCUUACUGGGUUACAGUAUAUCGUAGUAUAACUUCAUUACAAUUUCAUCUCUACACUCAAACCCUUAAACAGCACAACCAAAAGCAGCUGAGAAAUUAAAAAGUAAAGCUGUUGGGAGAGGAUGUUCAGAGUUUUGGUUGAAAAUUUUCUGGGAGCUUCUAUUUACAACAUGCUUUGAGCACAACACAGAUUCUCUGCUGGGGGUAAAUGGUUCAUAUCUGCAAGCUGUUAAGCUGUGAUUUUCUAAAACCACUGAGUGAAGCACAAAGUGAGUGUGACAGAAAUCUGCAUGUAUUCAUUUAAUGAUGCAGAAAAUAUGAAUACCUCAUUCUAAUCUGCUGUAAAGUCUCCUUUACACUGAUGGAAACACAGAACACUUAUACAUGAAGCACUAUAUUAUACUCAGUAUGAUCUCUUUUUUUAACAUCCACUUUGACCUUGGUGAUAAUAGGUAUGUCCUGUGAGGCAAAGUAUAUUGCUGUGAAGUUUGAAGUCAAUCCAUUAAAAUUGUGGGUAAUGUAAAGUUUAGACUGGUUUUUACAUUUGGUGUGACCUUUGACUUUGAUCUUGACCCAGUUUUCACCCAAAUAAAAUCAGCUUGAGCUGUUAUCUACCACUAGCACUGAACGAUUUGCUGCAGCAUUCAUCUGUUAAAUUUGUUACAUUUAGUGACUCGAUAACCAGCUUUAUGUGACAGUUUAUCCUGAUGCUCAGUGUUAGGGUAACUGAAUCCAGAUUACAGAACGAUACUGUUGUCAUGCUGAACUUAGAGCAUUAGAGACCCCUGUUUUUACAAAAGAUAUGGAAACAGUUGUUGUGUAAAACUGGAACAACAGAAUGUAAUGAUGUGCAAAUCAUGUAAAUGUAGUAAUAAAUAAAAAUCAAGUUGUAAGAUGAUUUGUAACGUUGUUUGUUUGUUCUUGAUUUAUAAAAGUAAAUCAAUGUUUUUGAUACGUGUUAAGUCCAGACAUCCUACAUUAUUUUGUGCAGAAUGUGUUUGACAUUGUCUUGUGUUUGGAUAUCUGGCCACUUAAUUAGGUACAACUUGCUAGUACUUGAUUGGACCUCCUUUUGCCUUCAGACCAUUCUUAAUUCUUCAUGGCAUUUAUUCAUCAAGGUGCUGAAAACAUUCCUCAGACAUUUUUUUCCAUUCUGAACUGAUUUUUCACAACCAUGAUGUGAAUCUCUUGUUCCACCACAUCCCAAAGUUGCUCUAUUGGACUAAGAUCUGAUGAGUAUGGAGGUCAUCUGACUACAGUGAACUCACUGUCAUGUUAAACAAACCAGUUUGAGAUGAUUUGAUCUUUGUCACAUUGACAUUAAACUGCUGGAAACAGCCAUCAGGAGAUGGGUCAUUAAGGAAUGAACAUGGUCAGCAAUAAUAAAGGUUUUGUUGUGUACUUUGGACAACCACCUUUGCUCACUUCAUAAUGAAUUCAUCAUAGUACUAAAGUUGAACAGUAACACCAAAUCUUGUUGUUAAGCAGAACCAUCUGAGCUUAGAUUGAGGGUGGAGUCGGACAAAAGGGAGACUGUCACAGUUUUGUCUUGGAAGGACAUUUCAGUUGAAUCACGGAGUGAAUCUGAAGGUUUUCAAAUGGAAACUUCCACUUUCAGCCACUAGAUGGCAACCCACACUCAUGCCUUGUCCCACUUUGACCCACCUUUUCACCAUUUUUUACCCACAGCAAAUGAAUUCGUUCGCCUCAUUAUUUUUCAUCAACCAAAACUAAACCAUGUCUUAUAGAUUUCUAGUUAUGCUAAAAAGCUUUCUUUUUUGAGCAGGCAGUGCUCCAUAACAAAGGCUGUUUGGCCGCAGUCAACUCUGUCGUUCCACUAGAAGACCCAACAUAAACCGAUUUUAGACCUGGGAGAGUCCUGUGCAGCUGUUCACAACUUCAGUUGUAUCCAAGUGAUCCUAUGAUUUACUGUUAGAACCUGACUGAUCAUUUAACAGUUUUAAAAAGGAAUAAAAUUGAUUAACACAUCUUGCAGUACUGGGGAAAAAAGCUGUAUUGUGCUAGGAAUGGGUGCAGUAAAAAUAGUUUGUGCCUUUAUUCUUCAGGACACUCUGAACUCUCUUGGGCAGCUUUCCUGUAAUUUCUCCAGGCUUCUUGAGGAACACUCAAAGUUCUUCUUUGGAUGUUUCUGCUGUUUGUUCUGUCCUCUGUCAACAUGAUCCCACACUGCUUCAGUAAUGUUGACAUCUGAGCUCUGUGGAGGCCAAUCCAUGACUGAUGGUAACCAUUGUGCAUCUUUCUAUCCAGGCAUACUUUUACUGCAUGGACAGUCUGUUCACUAAAAAAUUAAAGACUGGAAGAAUGGCUCAAGACUUUUGCACAGCACUACAGGCCAUGUUAAUCAACCUUACACUGACCUCCUCCAGUCUUCCACAUGAGCCGUGUGUGCUUUUAAAUCCCAGGGACAGUUUGAGCAGACACUUAGGAGACGUUUGCACACUACAAACCGACCUUCACCAUACCUGCCUUUAGUAUGGACCUGAGAUUCCUCGUUUUAUCUUCAUUUCUGAUUGUGGGGGCAACACUCAGCAUCUCUCCAGCUGAACACACUGCACACUGCAAAAUCAAAUGGCUGUUUGGCAUCUCAUGCAGCAAUGUCUCUGAAAGGCUUGUGAGCCAGAUCAGAGCCUGGCAGAUCAGCAGAAGCUGUCUGUAUGCAGGAGAGCAGUGCUCCUAUCAGCUUGUGUCAUCAGCUCCUGACCUGAUCAAAGCCACGCACACAUCUCCCAGAACAAAGAAAGUCAACGACCUUCAGUUCCUUGUAGAGCAGUCCGCCAUUUGCAAAGUGACCAUUUACUUCCAGAAUUUCUUGUUUGACGAACCAACCGAUGUUUCUGAUGAGCAGGGAGAGGCGGUGUCUGAGUUCUCCACAGAUCCAGCUGAUAACAGCACAAACUACUGCAGCAUGCAGAACCUGAUGGACGGAAGUACGCUGAGCGACGCCGAGGGAUACAAAAAGUUCAGCAACAAGUGGAUCUGCCCUGGGUUUGAUGCUGCCAAGUGUGCCCUGCUGUAAGAGACGACCGGAUCCUGCCAGCUCCAAAUGUUGCCUCUGAGAAAUGUUUGCUUUGAACAGUGUGUUCUUCUCCAUAAACAGACUAAACUGAACUGUUUUCUCCAAAAUGUCUGCAGAAGAUAUAAUAAUAGUGUUUAUAACACAUAAAUUCAGUAGGAUGGACCUACAUGAAUCUUUUAACUGGUUAAUAAACAGUGAAUCCAUGAUAUUUAUUGCUUUGUCUUGUUGGGAGUUUUGGUUUUUGUUUGUUUCCUGUUUUAUACUGAAACUAUUACUUGUCUUGUGCAGAGCAUAGACAGUAUGUAAAAGAUGGAUUGAGCUCCUUAAGCUUGUAUUCUUUGCAACAGCCAGCAGGGGGAGACUCCUGUAAUUGGAAAAAAAAAAGGAUACAAAGUGAUGUAGAAAGGUCUGGGCUUGCUUUCUCUGUGACGUCAGCAAAUAUUUUCCUAAUGAAGUCAGGAGGUCUAACUUGGGGCUAAUUUAAAAUCUAAUUGAAACCAAUCUGAUGUUCAGUCUGGAGCUCAUGGGCCCAAAACAAGACUGGAUAGAGUAACGUAUGCUUUACUGUGUGACGUGGAGGUCACUAGACACUGAGCACACAUGGUUUCUCAGUCGUAUCUAAAUCCUUUUUAUUACUCUACGAAGUCAAACUAAUCAGAAUACUAAUCAAGUCAUACUUAAAGGCGCU